UGCCCUAAAACUAACAUUUGUUUAGGGUAUAAUACCCUUGAAAACGAAUUCACACCGUCUCUCUCACUCGUCGGCCAGAAUGGCAGAAUCCAACUUGGUGCAGAUGAGAGACAGUCUGUUUGGUUGUUAGGGUUUUGCUAGCUUUAAAAUUCGUUGAUACAAAGCAAAGUGAAAUGGUCACCUCUCUUGUAUUCUCUGAUGCAUAAACUCAGUGCUUUUCUUCAUCAACAGGCUCGGAUCAAUCCAUAUUGGGCCUCAUGUUGAGCUCUUGCUCGCGCUGUCUUGUUCAACGUCCCAUCUUUCUACCCUCCUCCUCUCGAAUUAGGGUUUCAAACCCUCGUAGUACUUCUCUGUCACUCAAACGCAGUUUUCGGGUCUCUCAAUCUCCUUCACGGUCUUCGAAGAAUGAAGAAUUUUCUUCUGGAGCCCCAAAGCCCAACUUCCUUGGAGAUGCUUCAGAAGAAAAUUUAGUGAAGCAAGAAUUUGAUAAAUCAAGUGUCACAGAGAAAGACUGUCUUUCAUGUCUUUUAGAGGCUUUAAAUGCAUUGUUUAAUGCGAUUGGAAAACCAUGGUUUGUGCCAUGGGCGGCUAAGACUAUACCACAGGUUUCUGAAAGGGAAGCAGAGUAUUUCCCACCCAAGGAAUUACAUCUUCAGAUUGAGCUGGCCUCCGGAGCAUUGGUUAUGUUCCUUUGGAUUGCCUCAUUCUGGUUUCUGAGAUCUUGGGUGAUUCCAUUUGGAGCCCACCCAGUGGGUUUCAGCAAUGAACCACCAACAUAUAGAGGGCUGUCCUUACACAUCCUUCUAACUGAUGUAAUUGCAGGCCUUGCUGGUAUUGCAAUUCUUUAUCGUUGCCUUUCUCGGUUUCGUCCCCUUCCAUCUGGUUGGUUUAGAUUUAGACUGAGAGGGAACUGGCUGUUUGAUGUUGGUCUUGGACGCCUUGUGUUUCCAUUGGCCAGUUGGUUAUCACAAUUCAACCUUGACCUAUUGCCUUUUUUGCCUUCUACCUCUGUCACUCUAUCGAGUGUCGAGCAAUCAAUUACAGCAUGGAAUCCGGUGGCAAUGGCAGUGUGCGCUCCUGUGUGGGAGGAGAUUCUCUUUAGGGGUUUCCUUCAAAAUUUUAAGAAACUUGUUUUCUUCCAAGAAGUAGAUUCAGAAUUUAGGCAAGGAAUUUUAAAUAUGAAAGUAAAGUCUUCUGUUCGUAAAAGGUGUGGAAAAUGUAGACUAAUCCGUAGGCGGGGGCGACUUAUGGUAAUUUGUUCCAACCCGAGACAUAAACAAAGACAAGGAUAAUCCUUGUUAGUUCAGUUGCCUGUGCUCUAGCAUCUUUUAAUACAAAGAAGAUUCUACCCCCCUUAUUUUUCUAGGGUUGGUGUGAUGGGUGUAAUUUUUGCACGAUCAAGGAACCUAUUGGCCUCAUUACUCUAGCACAGUCUCUGGAAUGGCUUUUUCUCCCUGGGGUUUGUAGAAAUAGAAUGCUUGCUUUGUAAUUCACAUACAGAUCACUUGUGUUGAUCCUCCAUCAGUGAAGCACAGAAUCUGGUUGAUUUUCUCUGCCAUGAGUAGCUACUUGCGCUAUACCAGCUAAGUUUGCCAAAUGUGGUUCAGGUCUACACACAGCAUGUGGACAGGCAUAUGGGCGAUUCUCUUCCAUUUUUCCUUUUGAUUUUAGUGGAGGAUUGCAAAAGAGAGAUCGUUGACAUGGUGGCACAAAUAAGAUGUUGAUCUUGCAUGUCAAUAUUGUGAAUACUGCCUUCCGUAGUUUGUUUGUUGAACAGGUAAUGUGUUCUACACACACAUCGUCCUCCUCAGUAUAAAAUUCAUGGCUGAUAUAUUUGCUGAAUACAGUGGCACCUAUGCACUGUUAAAUACUCUCCUCUUUAAUUUGUUUUGGUAUUGUUGUCAUUGGAUUUUUCAAGCAAUAGAAUAUUUUUAUUUUCUGUUA